CCCUUUUUUCUUUAUCCUUUUCCUCUCUAUAUACUAUAUCUUCUUUUACACAAAAAAAUUCAUGGAGAGAACUAAAGAUAGAGAAACUCAAGAUUUCAUGAAUGUUGAGUCUUUUUCUCAACUUCCCUUCAUGAGGCCAACAAAAGAAAAAGGCGCCAUUAGGCUUUUUGGCAAAGAAUUACUAGGUACUACUAUUCGUCAUGAAGAUCAAUCAAAUGACAUUCAUGAUAGUAUUGGAGAAACUGCAGAAAUUAACAACAACAGAAAAUUUGAAUGUCAAUAUUGUUGUAGGAACUUCCCAACAUCACAAGCCCUAGGAGGACAUCAAAAUGCGCAUAAAAGAGAACGUCAACAUGCUAAAAGAGCUCAAUAUGCAAAAUAUCAGUACAACACUUAUUUUAAUUCAGCGUUGUACAAUACUAGUAGUACUACUAGUGGUGGUUUUUAUGGAAGUCAUGUGAAUAAUAACGGCCAUAGCCAUUAUUAUUCACAACAAAUUAAUCGCGAUAUAAAUGAAAAUCAUCGCUCAUUUGCAGCGUUAUGGAGAGUACCUCAUGUUCAUCAUAGUAGUAUUAGUAGUAGUAGUAGUAAUUCUUAUUCUCCUAAUAAUGUUUCUAAUUUUGUUAGGCCAGUAGUUUAUAAUAAUGUUGAUGGAGAUUUGAAGAAGAUUAACACAAAGAGUAGCUCAAUUUCUGUAACCAGAUUUGGGUAUGAAUUGAAAGAAGGAGUACUUCAUCAAGAUCAUGUGAUGCUUUCAACAAGUUUUUUUUCAUUCUCAAAAGCUCGAUCAAAUCCGAGAUAUAUGAUUAAAGAUGAAGGAAUCUCAAUCAUCCUACACCUGUCGAUUGUACCGACAUAUUGCUUUCAAUACAAUCAAUGCAUGUACAUCAAAUAAUUAAUGACAUUUCUCUCAUGCUGUGGACCAGCUCUU